CAGUCAUUUUCUUUUUUCCAAACUCCUAUAGAGAGAGUGACAGGUUGUAGAGAGAAAGCUAUCGGCCAUGUCUGACGAGCACCAUUUCGAGUCGAAGGCAGAUGCAGGGGCAUCCAAGACCUUCCCGCAGCAAGCUGGUACCAUCCGAAAGAAUGGCUACCUAGUCAUCAAAUCUCGCCCUUGCAAGGUUGUUGAGGUCUCCACUUCAAAAACCGGCAAGCAUGGGCAUGCUAAGUGUCACUUUGUGGCAAUUGAUAUUUUCAAUGGGAAGAAACUUGAAGAUAUUGUUCCUUCUUCUCACAAUUGUGAUGUUCCUCAUGUUAAUCGCACCGACUACCAGCUGAUUGACAUCUCGGAAGAUGGUUUUGUGUCUCUUCUUACCGAAAACGGGAACACCAAAGAUGACUUGAGGCUUCCCACCGAUGAAGCUCUGCUUGGCCAGAUUAAAGGUGGAUUUGAUGAAGGAAAGGAUCUUAUUUUGACUGUUAUGUCUGCAAUGGGAGAAGAGCAGAUUUGUACGGUGAAAGACAUUGGUAAAACUAAUUAAGUCGCAUGAUUUCCAACCCUAUCGAAAGCAUAUCUCUCAAGCGAACCGUUCUCAGAAGAAAGUUUAGCUUCAUAUCUCUUAAGCGAACCGUUCCCUAAAGAAAGUUUAGCGAGACAGUGAGCUUGAGAUUUGCAGCAGCAGGGAUGGAGAUUUUACUCUUUUUGGUUAUGUUUUAUUUCUGUGCUCAACUGUUGCAAUUUUUUUUGGUGAGGAAAGAGAGGUUGAGCCUCAACUAUCUAACUCUGCAGUUAAAUUCAAUCUUAUGUGCAUGAUUCCUUCCUUCCCUUAUGAAGAAAAUGGCAUUAUGAAAGAA